AUGGAGCAUCGAAGCCGUCCUAGGACCAAAGGCUUGGGCAGAAUCCCUGGGACUCAGCCUCGAAACCCCAGGGUUCCACUCCCCUUACAUGUGGAACAGGAGGCCAGGGAAGGAGAAGAAUGGGAACAGCGAGAUGUGCAUCGUCAGCGGACUCCUGUCUACAGCCCAGCAGAAAGUGAAGAGUUGACAGAUAAUGUAGCCAUUUCCAAGCCAGCACCCUAUUGGGAAGGGACAGCUGUGAUAAAUGGAGAGUUUAAAGAGCUGAAAUUGACUGACUAUCGUGGGAAGUACCUGGUUUUUUUCUUCUAUCCACUUGAUUUCACUUUUGUGUGUCCCACUGAAAUUAUCGCCUUUGGUGACAGAAUUGAAGAAUUCAGAUCGAUAAACACGGAAGUGGUUGCAUGUUCUGUCGAUUCUCAGUUUACCCAUUUGGCCUGGAUUAAUACACCUCGAAGACAAGGAGGACUUGGGUCCACAAGGAUUCCACUUCUUUCAGAUUUGACCCAUCAAAUUUCCAAGGACUAUGGCGUAUAUUUGGAAGACGCUGGCCAUACUCUGAGAGGCCUCUAUAUUAUUGAUGACAAAGGAAUUCUAAGACAAAUUACUCUGAAUGAUCUUCCUGUGGGUAGAUCUGUGGAUGAGACACUACGUUUGGUCCAAGCAUUCCAGUAUACUGACAAACAUGGAGAAGUGUGCCCUGCAGGUUGGAAGCCUGGUAGUGAAACAAUAAUCCCAGAUCCAACUGGAAAACUGAAGUAUUUUGACAGACUCAACUGA